AUGAAUCUGCCUUUUUCUAACAUUAAGCAAGUCCAGGGCCUUGGAGAAUGGCAGACAUCUUCCAACGAGCAUGUGCAAGAUGCAAUCGGUCUUCGAAGCAUCGAUGUUUCUCUACAGAUCUCGGAUUCUCUACAGUAUAACUCAUCCCUUGCAGUGGAUCUUCCAAACUACUCGAUACGGCUUACACAGGUACCGGGUCUCAUCUUCCUGGACCGCGUUAUCAAAUCCACUGCAGCGCUUGCACACAACUCGUUGUCCCUACGACUCUUUUAUCCCGCAAAGGCAACCUAUGUAUCGUGGGCGGGAGCUUUCGAGAUGAGAAUGACGGACUGUCCCCUGGUGGAUCUCUCAUUCAAUACCUUCCAGCCCCUUCAACGACUAGAUGCAACAUGCGGUACCGAGUCGUACGACACGUUAUCCGACAUUUUCACGAAGUCUGUCGCAGGCGUGUUGCUGCAGACCGCACCCGCAAACUUACCGCAGCAAUUAUGCGAGCUAGAUGAUGCACUUCUUCAACGUCUAUCACUACCAUGGCUUUCACCCACUCCCGUUCGUCGGAAGACGCUCGCCAUCAUCGAAGGCGGCUUUAACUACGACUUUCGUCAACUGAUGCUGAAUGACGCACAUGGACUCGGUAUUGAUGUGGUCAUCUUGGAUCAGGAGAGUCAUUGGUUGAAUUGUCCGAGCUACCAACACUUGCGGCGCGCUUUUCUCGCUAUGGAUAUGACUCUUGACAGCGAUUUGCCCUCUCGCAUUGUGCGCACUUUAGAGGCUGGUGGCAUACCUAUUGACGGACUUACAUCUUUCUCAGAUUCGUAUCUUGUGGCCACUGCAAGUGCUGCAGAGAUUCUAAAGUUGCCGACAUCCCCUUCAACUGCUUUGGAGAAAGUUGUGGAUAAAGACAAAUGCAGGCGCUCUUUGUCGAGUCAACCAAAGACCUUCUGCUGCUCUAGCGAAAAGGAUCUCAGACAGCAACUGAACGCAAUAUCACAUGUAUUGCCUUUCCCACUCAUUGUAAAGCCCACACAGGGUGGUGGCUCACAGGGCGUUGUUAAAGUCAGAAACGAGCAGGAGCUGUACUCUGCAUUGAACCGAACUUCCAACCACAUGGGCGGGCAGGUAGUCGUGGAACCCUAUAUCGAUGGGCCAGAAAUCGAUGCAAAUUUUAUUUUGCAUCGCGGAGAGAUUCUCUUCUGCGAGAUAUCAGACAACUUUCCGUGCGCUGGAGAUCUACCAAACGCCAGUAUCAGCGAUUCCUUCCUAGAAACUAGAAUCAUUUUCCCAUCAGCGCUGGACCAGGUAGAGCUCGACCUCGCCAAGAGGCAGCUUCAUCAGGUUCUCCUGGACUUAGGUUUCUCCAGUGGAGUCUUUCACGUGGAAGCCCGGAUAGACAAAUCAUCGAAACAUUACGCACUCGGCGAGGAUGGAACCGUAGACCUGCAUCACAAAUUGGUCCAGCCGAGCUCGGAAGCACGUGUUUUUCUCAUAGAGGUCAACGCACGAUGUCCUGGUCGACAAGCUCUAUCUGCGGUUGCUCGUUCCUAUGGAGUCGACUAUUACAUGAUGCAAUUGCUCCUAGCGAUUGGCGAUACCGCUCGCACCACAGCGCUUUGUCAACCCUUUCUUGGAGGUUGUCAAUAUCAGUGCUGUGAAGCUGUAUAUAUUCCCGCAAGGACUGGAGGUAUCUUCGACUCUGGCAACCUGAAAGACGAGUUGCUGGAAAGGAGGCCAGACCUCGCCAGCGCCAUAGUCGAGCACCACACUCUGUUUCAGCGGGGAGAUGUUAUUCCAGGACCAGAAACAGGAAAACUGCGAUGGGUCGCAACUUUUCUGGUUGCUUCACGCAGGAGUCGGCACGAUGCUCUUCUUGCUGGUGAGAUAGUUGAGAGCGAGGUUCGAUAUAGAUCGGUUCCUUGCGGUACUAGGCUACCAAGACAAUAG